AUGGACACGGAUCACUUACACCUUGAAGUUGCUAAAACAAAAUGGAAAAGUCUAAGGGACAAUUUUAGGGCAGAACUAAAGAAAAGUAUUAAAGGGAAAUCUGAGAACGAUGGCGAGAGUCCGAUUGUCUCCAACUGGGUGUGGUUUCAAAAAUUGCUUUUUCUAAAGGAUCAAAUGCUUUCAAGAAAAAUGAGUCUUCAAAGGUCUACUGUCACUCCCGGUUCAGCCUACGUACUGACAAUGAAUGAAGGUUUGCAAGAAGAUGACACUUACGACGAUAGCAAUAGCGUAUAUCCUAUUAAAACUGAGAUUGAUAUUGACAAUUCGGAAAUAGAAGACCAAUCUUCAUAUACAGAUCAAGAAACACCAACCAUAUCAAGCAGUAUGUAUGGUACGAAAAGGAAAAGAGAUGAAGAUGGGAUUGAAUCUGAAUUAUUGAACUUAGAAAGAAAGAAAAUCCAACUUAUCCAAACACAACUAGCUCACUCUUACGAUAAUCAAAAGUUGAAACCUGAAGAUGAUUUACAUCACUUUUUAUUAAGUCUUUAUAAACCUUUAAGUGAUCUACCAAAUCAUCUUGAAGUUGCUAAAACAAAAUGGAAAAAUCUAAGGGACAAUUUUAGGGCAGAACUAAAGAAAAGUAUUAAAGGAAAAUCUGAGAAUGAUGGCGAGACUCCGCUUGUUUCCAACUGGGUGUGGUUUCAAAAAUUGCUUUUUCUAAAGGAUCAAAUGCUUUCAAGAAAAAUGAGUCUUCAAAGGUCUACUGUUACUUCCGGUUCAGCCUACGUACUGACAAUGGAUGAAGGUUUGCAAGAAGAUGACACCUACGACGAUAGCAAUAGCGUAGAUCCUAUUAAAACUGAGAUUGACUUUGGCAAUUCGGAAAUAGAAGACCAAUCUUCAUAUACAGAUCAUGAAACACCAACCAUAUCAAACAGCAUGUAUGGUACGAAAAGGAAAAGAGAUGAAGAUGGGAUUGAAUCUGAAUUAUUGAACUUAGAAAGAAAGAAAAUCCAACUUAUCCAAACACAACUAGCUCACUCUUACGAUAAUCAAAAGUUGAAACCUGAAGAUGAUUUACAUCACUUUUUAUUAAGUCUUUAUAAACCUUUAAGUGAUCUACCAAAUCAUCGUCAGAUGUAUCUUCGCAUUAAAAUACAAGAAUUGAUAUAUAACGAAAUGAUCGAUGCAGAUCAAUCCAGAGAGCAAAUUAACGCAACGACGAGUUAACAAAAGUAUAUAUGUAUUUCAAUCAGUAAAUAAUAAAUAGACGGCCGGAGUGUGACGUCACGGCCAACUGCGGCUAUAUUCAGUGUUUAUUACUUUCCAAAUAAAGGUUGUAAACACGUUGAAAAGAUAGAGUUUACCGAAUCUCAAGACUUUUAAUUAGUGUAAAGUUAAAAUUUUGCUUCCUGUGCUAUUUUUUAUGUUUAAUUACUUAUAGAGUUUUUUUUUAAUUUCACUAUCUUAAUUCGGUCUCCUAAACCUUACUUCACUCAUACAUACAUUUUAUUGCUAUUUAUAUAAAAUAUAAUGCUUUAUUAUUUACACAACCUUGUAAAAUUGUUAUAGUAACUACAACAAUACUUACAUAUUGCAAAAAACGGAAAUAUUAUUUGUAAAAACUAAAAAAACAAUAAAAAAAUACAAAUUUGCCACACUAAACAACGUUUAUUUGGAAAGGUUUGGAAAAAUCUGACAUAUAUGUCAAUAAAAAUUGACACUUCUACGCCAUCACUCCGGCCGUCUAUUUGCUACGAAGCAUUAUAAUUUAGUUUUUCAAUAUGGUCCAGGUUGUAAUGCCGCUCUCGCAGGCGUAUUUCCGUUUGCGUGUUCAUUUAACGACAGCGCGGUUUUGAAAUAGACAUGGCAACGGCAACACAUAUUUGGUUCCUAACAAGUGUUGCUUUGAAAGAGGUUUGUACCGAACUGCGAACUACGCACGGGUUUGUACUGAAACAUGCGGCGUUCGAAUGCUAUACACCAGUGCAGAGUACUACGUCUCUAUUCGUUUCAGGUGUUGUUUAGAUAUUAUAUUAAUUUGCAUUUCUACAAAAAUCAUUUUCAAAUAAAUAUAUUUGUGUUUUCUACUACAAACUUUUUAUUAUUUACAAAUGGAUUCUUUACUACAAAUACUUCCUAUAUACAAAUUUUAUGCAAAAUGGCAUAUUUAACCCAAAAAAUAUUAUUCGUUGGAUCUAUGGAAAUAAAACAUAAUUUCGCAACACCAAAGGUUCCUUCUUUUUAUUUAUAAAUUAGUUUAUAAAUUUUCUACUUUAAAAAUAUUCGAAAAAUUAAAGUAGUACCGAAAUGUUAUCUUUAAAAAACCAUUAUGGUACGUAUACAUUUUUUGAAACGGACAAUAAUACUUUAAUGUUCUAUUAAAAGCAUAAUUUAAUUUUAGCUGAACAAUUUGUGAUUAACUAGGAGCUAUUAAAUAGGAGCUAUUUGUGGUAAACAGUUGAAAUCUUUGAUAUUACGAAAUUAUGUUUUGUUUUCACAGAUCCAAGGAAUGAAAAUGUUUUGGUUAAAUAUGUCACUAUGCUUGCAUAAAAUUGGUAUAUUAUAGAAAGUAUUGGUAGUAGCAAGCAAGCAAGCAAUUUGAUUCAACCCGACCUGUGGGAGAUGUCCACCCUAUCGAGAAAGUACAUUCGGGUGUAACAAUUCAUUGGGGCGAGGUGUUUUGACCCGAGUAAAAACAGGGAUCAUCCCACCUCGCUCCAAUGCCCCAGGCCAUCCCUUUCCCCCCAUAGCACACUGAUGCGCGAUGGGGGCACAACUAUCGUAGCCAAAUGCUCUUCACAAUGGAAUCCUGGGUAAUAAGAUUCCAAUGUGGUGCCCUAAUCGAAUUACAAAACUAGGCCAGCGUGAAGCGCUCUAUGCCUUUAUCUUCUAGUUACUUAUCCGCGGUACUAAAAUUGCUUGCUUGGGCCUUAAGUCACUGUACCAAGCCCCACUGAGCUCGGUCCAAUGGCUUGGUGCUCAAGAAUUUUAUGAUUUUUGUGUUUUUCAUGUUUUUUUUUUUGGUGGCUUACGCCUUUUUUUUGUUUUUUUUUUGUGUUUUUUGUUGGCUUGCGCCUUUUCCUCUAUUUUCUUACUGGCUGACUUACCUGGUCGUGGUGUUGAACCUACGCUUGGUUUGCUUGUUUCUUCGGCACUAGGUGUUUCGAGCUACGAACUGACUACUACUUUCACUUUUACUUUUUCUUUUACUUUGUCCCUCUUUGUUUGCUUUAUUCGAUUUACUUUAAUCCACUAUUUGCUGUUUAGGACGUUUGUGCUUCCAUCGGUGGAACGCAUCGUACCCUAGCAUCUCUCGCAGUAUGUGACUUGGGUGGUGCGCCAGCUCCGCGAAUUUGACCCUUGCUUUAUCUGUCAUCAUUUCGGUGACUCUCACCUGUUGAAGUUCUCUGAGCAGGAAUCUUUCUGCGACGUAUCUUGGGAUUCUGGCUGCUUCUCUUAAGCUGCUAUUGUGGACCGCUUUUAUCUUCUUUUUGUGGGUGUUGUAUACUUGUCCCCAUGCGAGAGGUGCGUAUGUUAAUACCGGUAAUAUUAUGGUAUUUAUUAGUCUUAACCUCGUUUUUAGUCUUAAUUUACUUUUUCUUCCUGUGAGUCCUCUUAAUGUUGCUCUCGCCAUGUUGGCCUUCUGUACUGUGGCUUCUACGUGUUUUUGGAAGGUUAAUCCUUUGUCCAUGAUGACUCCCAGGUAUUUAGCUUAAUUUUUCCACUCGAUGGGCUUGUUCAGCACCGUCAGCUGUUCUUCUGGCUGUUGUCUUCCUUUCUUAUAUAGUACCGCUUGCGUCUUUUCGGAGUUGAUGGCUAUCUUCCAUUUUAUACACCAUUCCUCGAUGUCUUCUAACGCUGUUUGCGGGUUGGUCACUGC